CACCUGCCCGGCGAGCAAGCAUGGCCAGGAACUGCCGGGGCCAAGCCCAGCUCGGUGGACUAUUCCUUACCUUUCUGGGCUGUGUCUGCUCAUGUGCCACCACGGUCCUACCAAAGUGGAAGAAGCUCAAUCUGGAACUCAACGAAAUGGUGACAUGGAACCUGGGUCUGUGGGAGGUCUGCGUGGAGCAGGAGGAAGCUGGCACCGUGUGCAAGGCCUUCGAGUCCUUCUUGUUGAUGCCCCUGGAGCUCCAGGUAUCCCGGAUCCUCAUGGUGGCCUCCCAGGGGCUGGCACUUUUGGGGCUUCUGUUCUCUGGCCUGGGGUCUGACUGUUCUCGGUUUCCCAGGAACCAAUGGGUACUGAAGAAGUUUCUCUGCCUCCUGGGGGGCGCUUUGGAGGCCUCAGCUUCAGCCACUAUACUCUUCUCAGUCUCCUGGGUGGCUUACGUUACUGUCCAAGACUUCUGGGAUGAGCAUGUCCCUGACAUUGUGCCUCGGUGGGAAUUUGGAGACUCACUCUUCCUGGGCUGGGCUGCUGGGCUGUUCCUGGCUUCUGGAGGGACACUUCUCAUUGUUUCUACCUGCCUGAGGAGACAAGGUGCAUCCUUACCCAGAAGAGCAGGUCCCACAGCCUCAUUUGCCUUCAUCCCAGCCGAAGAGUUUCUGCUUUCUUCCAUCUCCCGCCAAGAUCUUUAA